CGAAAUGUCCUAAAUUCCUUCGGAACGUCUCUGGGAUCGUUGGGUAGAAAUCGAAAGCUGCAACCAUGCCGUUCGUUAUGGGAAUAGAUCACAGAUAUAUUGUAAUGGGGACCCUAGCCUGCACUACGGGAGUUGCCGUGUUCUCAACUUACAAAUGGCUGCGUGAGAGAAGGAGGCGGUACAAAAGUUCCGUUUAUGAAUCCCAGAAACUACUUAACGAAUAUCUUGUUUUUCAUUAUGGAGCAAAGCAAGAGAUUUUGAAAUACGACUUUGGCCCAAAAGAAUCGCUUGAUUUUCCAAAGAGAUGUGCUGAUAUGUGUUUAAAACACAGCAAAGGAUUUGGUAAGACCCAAACUUUAUGCCGAGCAUUAGACAUAGGUUGCGCGGUUGGUCGAUCUUCAUUUGAGCUGGCUCGUGAGUUCCAGGAAGUGAUUGGUAUUGACUACAGUCAGUCCUUCGUUGAUGCGUGUGAUCACAUGAGAGACCUGGGCGAGAAGGUCUACUUCGUACAAGACGAGGGAGAUCUAGUCACACCUCUCGUCGCCAAAGUACCGGAGGACAUCGAAAAAGCAAGAUGUAGCUUUGAACAAGGAGAUGCUUGUGACCUUCGACAUGACCUGGGGUCAUUCGGAUGUGUUCUGGCUGCCAAUCUGAUCUGUAGAUUACACUCACCGUUUGACUUCUUGCGGCGGCUGAUUGACUUGGUGGCUCCGGGCGGUGUCCUUGUUAUUACAUCACCGUACACUUGGCUGGAGGAUUUCACAGAUAAAGAAAAUUGGAUGGGGGGAUACAAAAAAAAUGGCCAGGCAGUUACAGGGUUAUCUACCCUUAAGAAGGAGUUGGGACCCUACUUCACAUUGGUGGAGUCCUGUGACAUGCCUUUUUUCAUCCGUGAAACUGCCAGGAAAAAUCAGUGGACUGUAGCACACUGUACCGUGUGGUCUAGAAAACCGAACUGAGUCAACUUGAUCUUCAGAAAGUCUUCUCAGAUUUGCUCAUAUCUCUUCAUAACAACAUUUUAUUCAGAAUUGAUUACUGUAUCCACCAAUAGUAUUCACUGUACAUCUAUAAUUGUUUACCUGCUGUCUCAUACAUGUUAUGGAAAUCAAAAAGUUUGAAAAAUGGAAAAGUUGCUGUAGAGAUUUGAGCAGAUCUGAUAUCUGCAUAGUCCCUGCCAGGACAUCCAGUGUCAAUGUCGUCAUCAGAUUAUUCAGGAUAAUUUCCUUUUCUUGGCUUGUUGAUAUGAAGUAUUAUGUAGUACAUUUUUUUAAAGCAGUAUUGAUAUACAAUGUACAUUUUUUUUUGAAUACCAGAUCUAAAUCUUAUCACUUUUGAUUUUUUGAAUGAUCUGGUUCUUUGACAUACUUACAUAUAGGAGUGAUUUUUAAAAAUAAGAUAUCUAUAACGCGUCUUUUGCAUUAUAUAUACUAUAUAUGUUUAUAUCUAGCUUUCUGUAUCGUGUGCAUCUAUGAUGUAGUUUGAAUGAGUAAAAGAAUUGAAUUAAGAGAUGGUACAAGA